AUGCCGGUACGCAACACGACCAAGCCGUCCUUCAACUUCCUCACCGGUGAGGAAGAGCCCGAAUCGCCGCCUCCCACUGUAGCUGCGAAACGAGAGCCUCUGCGCGAAACCUUCCGAACCACAUUUCGUGCCUCACAGAAUGCGCCGCACACGGUUGUGCCUUCGGACCCCAUCAACGAGGACCUACGCGCGCAGCUUAAUACCGUGCGAUAUGAGCUCGAGACGGCGAAACAGGAGAAGGAAAUGAUGAAGCUGGAGCAUGCGCAGGAGCUCCGAGAUGCACAGAACCGCGCCGAUGCCGAUUUUCGAAAGGCGCAGCAAGUCGAGGCUUCCAGCACUCUUACUGCGAAGAAGCACGAGGCGCUGACAAAGGAGCUGGCAGAGUCGCAAACACGGGCUGCAAACGAGCGACAGGCACUUGAGAGGCGGUUACGAGAAAGCCAAGAGCGGGCGCAAUCGCUGCAGGAGGAGUAUGAUGAAGUCAAGGAAGAACUCGCGACGUCACAGAGGCAGAAUGAGCAUAGGUUCAACACGCUGCAGACGGAGCAUCAGAAACUCAAGGACAGCAUGGAGGAAAUACAGACAGACUUGCAGGCCAAGGUCAACGCGCUGCAGACGGCACAAAAGAAGCUCGCGCAGAAAGAGGACGAGGUUGGUCAGAUGGAGGCAGAGAUAUUGCGACUCAAGGCGAUUACCGGAGAUGCAGAGACACUGGAGGUCAUCAAGAGGGAACUCUCGGACCAGGUAGCGCACAUCAAGAAGCUGGAGACGUUGACGAGGGAGCAGAAUGCAGAACUCAAGCAAUACCGCAAGCAGCAUAAGUCUAUCGAGGUAGUCGAGGAGGAGAAACGGUCGCUACAGAACAAGUUGCGCAUGAUGGACGAUGUAGAGCGCCAACUCGGAGAGGCACAGUUGAGGAACCAGGUUCUAGAAGAGGAGCGACACUCGUGGACAUCAUAUCUGGAAGCCGAAGCCGAGACACAUGGAGAGAUCAUGUUUGAGACACCCCAGGACCUCGCGCGUGCUUUCAUUCAAGAACGUAUAGAAAGGACCGACCUACUUAACAGACUGGGCGAGAUCAAGCCAGAGCUCUCAGUCAAGGAGGCCACUAUCGAAGCUCUGGAGGAAGACAAAGCCAAACUACAAGCCGAGAUUCAGCAACUCAAGACGGGCGGAGGUUCUGGUGUAGCUAGCGGUGCCGACGCAAAGGUGCGAGCGCGUCUGGAACGACAGAAGACCUUGUUGACCAAAGAGGUCGAGUUUCUGCGUGCCCAAGUCAAAGCCUUUGACGAUGAGGAGCGCGAGAUGCAACCAGACACAUUCGACGCAGCCAAAUCCGAGCGGAUACGGGAGCUAGAGGAUCUCGCGGACCAAUACCGCAAAGAGAUUGAUUCUCUACAACAGGAGUUUAACAGUCUCGAGAAGCCCUCCGGCACAGUAGCAGGUCAAAAGCGGCCCCUCGAAACCGACCAGAACGAAGAGCGCAUCGGCGAACUACGACGCAAGAACCGCCAACUCCAAGACGACCUCUCAUCCCUCCAAAAGAAGAUGAAGCUCGUAGAAUCCGAAUACAAAGCCCAACACUCGCAGCUCAAAAAGCUCAAAGAAUCCUCCCGCACACGCGUCCUAGAGCUGAAAUCCAACCCCACGGCCGACGCCGAAGCCCUCAAACUAAGCACCGUCCGCACCCUCCGAGAAGCAAACGCCCAACUCCUCGCACAACUCCAAUCCACCCCCUCCUCCACUACCCCGACCGUCCCCCUCGCCACCCUAACAGCCGCCCAAACCGAACUCGCCGAACUGAACCAAAAAUUCGCCUCUACCCUCAAGAAGAUCGAUCGCCUAAAACAAAUCUGGACGGCAAAAUCUCUCGAGUUCCGCGAAGCCGUCGCCUCUAUCCUCGGCUGGAAGCUUGACUUCAUGCCAAACGGCCGCGUCAAAGUCACCAGCAUGUUUAAACCUGCUGAUGAGGAAGGCGAGAAUAGUAUCAUCUUUGAUGGCGAGAACGGCACCAUGAAGGUCAGUGGAGGUGAACAGAGUGUUUUUGCGGGUGAGAUUCGCGAUCAGAUUGUUUAUUGGGUCGAGGGGAGGAAGGAGAUUCCUUGUUUUUUGAGUGCGUUGACGUUGGAGUUUUGGGAGAGGGGGGUUGGGGGACAGACGGUUAUGAUAGGGUAG